GGCAAGAACUUUUCCAUAUUUAUGGUGAAUUGUUUUACCUUGAUGUUUCAACUUCCUUCAACAUCGAAUCUCCAUCAUGGACGGAUCUUACAGCCUCUAAACGUGUUCCAGUGAGAAAUUCAUGGGCGGCAUCAUCGGUUGGCUUCGGAUCAAAACCAGCCAAUAAUCUUGAUAGAUCAACUAUUUACCUGAUCGGUGGUUUGAUGUAUAUCACUAACCAAAAUGCCAUAGUUACUGACAUAGCUUAUGCGUUCGAUACCAAAUCUCAACAAUGGAAGUUACCGACGACUAACGGUUCGGGACCAAAUAGGCGACGAGAUGUUCAGGCUGUUUCUGAUAAUACUGGUAAAAUUUAUUAUUUUGGUGGGAAAUCUGAUUAUACUACUACAGGAUCUCCGGAUGAAAGUGUAAUUCGUUAUAAUUCUAUGAACAUCUUGGAUACUGCUCAAUUAUAUUGGUCGAUUGGUUCUAUUAUCGAUGCUCCUUCACCACGCGAGGGUUAUAGCGCAACCCUUUUCAUAAAUUUGAUUAUCUUUAUUGGUGGAAGAGAGAAUAGCAAUGACGGUCAACCUUUUCAUCUCGUGAAUAUAAGUCAAAUUCCAGUAUACGAUACCCAAUCUUCAAAGUGGCAUUUAACG